GCGCGCCGCGGGCCGCCCCCCCCCCGGGGCAGCGCCGGCCCGGCCGCCGGCCCCCGCCGCGCGCUGCUCGCAGGUCCAGGCCUCCUCGAUGGGCAGGGGGGGAGGGCGCGGGCGCGAUGGCCGCGGGGCUGAGCUCCCUGGAGGCGCUCAAGCAGAAGCUUGCCGAGGACCAGGCGCGCCUGGCCGCCGGGGGCGGCACGAGGCUCCGCCGGCCCGCCGCGCCGAGCCCGCGGCCGCCGGAGGGCGUCCGCGGCGCCGCCUCGCCGUCCCUCGCGCAGCCGGCGCCGCACGGCGUUCCCCGGGGUCGGCGGCCUCCGCAGGCAGCCCCUGCGCCUCGGCGGCGGGCGGCGCGAGCCGCGCGGUGUCGCACCUGCGCGCCGCCUCCGCGGUGGGGUCGGAGGACGGCCGCUGCAGCGCCGCGGACGCGGACCGGGAGGCCUCCGCCAUCGCCCGCAGGGCCGUGGAGGCCGCGGUGGACACCUGGCCCGACGGGGCCGGCAGGUGGUCGGGCAGCGGGGCGCGGAGCACUACGCCCAGGGCCCAGCAGCCUCGGUGCUGGCCAGCGGAGGCCGCGCCAGAGGCGGCGGUGCAGGUGUCGCGCCGCCCGUCGCUCCUGCUCGCGCAGGCACAGGUCACACCGUCGGCGCCGUCCUCGCCACCCGCGGCGCAGAGGCCGCAGCCUGGAAGGCAGGCCCGCCCCGCCGCCGCGGAGCAGCCCGCGCCACCUGGCCCCGAAGGCGGCGGCGUGGACUUCGAGAGCGACCCGAUCAACUUCACGCACAUCCUCCGGUUCAUGCGGGACGGCGAGGCCUGGCAGCCCCCGGACGACAACAAGGCUCGCGCGGCCCUGAAGAAGGAGGCCGUGUACUUUGGGUGCACUGGCAUUCUCAACCGGCUGGACAGAGACGAGGUGGAGAGAGCCGGCAUCGCCAUCGCCUGACGCCAUCGACCGCAGUGAACCCCACCCCCCCCCCAGAAAUCGUGGGGGGUAGGGGUAGGGUUCGCAUGUGGCCCCCUAUCUGUAGGCUGGAGCGGCCGCCCGUGGCCUCGGAGGAGCUGCCGAAGGGCUUCCUGCGAGGGCGGGCGGAGGGCCUUCCCGGGAGGCCCCGCCGCCUGCCGGGAAAGGCCCGUCCCCUUCGCUGCCGCGCCCCCCUCGGGCGCGCCGCCGCUUCGCACGGGUCCUGGUCGCCGAGGAGGGGUUCGGGGGCGAGUCGCCCCCCCUGCGAAGCUCCUCAAUUCCUCCUCCGCCCUCUCUCUCUCUCUC